AUGGCAGACAAAGACUCCUUCCUCCACUUGGCCCGCCCGCUCGGUCCUGCCCCCGUGGGUGCCCAGCCGUCGACCGCUCCAUUGAAUGUUGUCGUCCAACCCCAGGCCAUCUUCUCAAUUCUCGACCAUGCCCUCCGCCGUCCUGCUGACCAAGAUCGCGUCAUUGGUACUCUCCUAGGUACCCGAAGCGAAGACGGCACCGAAGUCGAGAUCCGCAACUGCUAUGCUGUCCCGCACACCGAAACUGCCGAGCAAGUCGAGGUCGACAUGGACUACCAGAAGCAGAUGCUCCAACUACACCUCCGCGCGAACCCCAGAGAAGUUCUCGUUGGCUGGUAUGCUACGAGCAGCGACCUGAACACAUUUUCUGCUCUCAUCCAAAAUUUCUACGGUCAGCAGGGCGAUGGUACUUGGCCGCACCCCGCCGUCCACCUCACAGUCAGCACCGUCCCUGGCCAAGAGAUCGAGAGCCGGACCUACAUCAGCGCACCCAUUGGUGUCACCGCAGAGCGCGCAGCAGACUCAUGUUUAUUCAUCCCAGUACCGCACGAGCUCAAGUACGGCGAGGCCGAGAAGUCUGGUCUCGAGCUCAUUUCGUCAGCCAAGGACCGCGAGGACCGCUCGCAACCUAUCAUCACCGAUCUCGAGGCCCUUGAGCGCGCCAUUCAACACGUCCUUGAAAUGCUCGAGCGCGUGUCCAACUACGUUAACAACGUGCUGGACGAGGAAGCCGAGCCCUCAUCCGCCCUCGGCCAAUAUCUCAUGAACGCGCUGAGCCUCGCACCCAAGGUCGACGCCGCCGACAUCGAGCGCGACUUCAACAACCACAUCCAGGACGUCCUCGUCGUCUCCUAUCUCGCGAACACCAUCCGCACACAGAUCGACCUCUCCAACCGUCUCGCUACCGCAGCACUUACCCUCGGCACUGGCGAUGCGCUCGCAGGCGAAGGUGAACAACAGCGCGGCGGCGACAGGCAAAGGGGCGGACGCGGUGGACGCGGCGGAGGCCAAGGUAGGCAGCAAAGACAACAGGAAGCAUGA